AUGGAUUAUUUCAAUGGGUAUAGAGAGUUAGCUACUUCAUGUCCUGCUACUACUUACCCAAUAAUAUUGGGUGGAACAAAUGCAAAUACUGCUUUUACUGAUUUAGACACAGAUCCUUCAGGCAAUAUUGGAAUUGGAGGGUACACCUAUGAUAGCGGAUUACUUGGGAUACCAUAGAACAAUAUGUAGCCUAUUAUAGCAAUGAUCAGUCCAGGAAGCACAUAUUUAUGGUCAAAGACUAUAAAUUUAGUUGGAUAUAUGACAAGUAAUGGAUAUUAUAUGCUAUUAUCUUUUCAACCUGGAACAGUAAAUGCAGACUCCUCUUAUUACAAUGGAAUUUAAGGUGUAGCAAUAAGUGGAGAUACUAGUUCAGAUGAGUUCAAUUCCGGAACUGUUACUCUCGCUUCUGAUUAUAGUAUAAAUUUACCUUCUGAAGUAGUGGAAACAACUUAAAUUCGAGGAAUCAAUUCACAAUCUUUAGAGCUACUAUACCAAGAUGCUUCUUGGUUGGGAUUAAAACUAAUGAGUAUAAAUUUUCAAACAUUAGUCUGUACAGUAUAAACCAUUACUAUCUUCGCAUCAAAUACAAACAUGAUCUAUAGUUCAAAAUACUUAACAACAUAAGGAGGCUAUCAUUUUGUAGGUGGUUUCUAUGAUUUUGGAGGUGGACCUACUGGUGUUGCUGAUUAAACUUUUAAUCAGUAGAUAGGUGCUAUUCUCCCAUUUCUUUCUAGCCAUAGAUGCUUAGGAAGUUAAGAGUAGACUGAAGUUAUUGCACCAACAAUCACUAUAGAUUUAAAUCUUGCUUCAAUUCAAGGCAUGACUUAUACAACAAGCUCAUAUUAAUUUUCUUACAGUACAUUAACUUUAAGCACAAUAGCCUCAAAUACAGUCAGUUUAACUACUUGUGGAGCAUUAAAUGCUUAUACUUUUAGCCCAAAAACAACUCAAACAGGAAUAUAUAUGAUUGGAUCUUCAUAAACUUUUACGAUGGCUCUAUAUACCAUAGAUUGCAAUCUAGCAACACUCACAUAGCAAAUAAGUUUCGAUGCUUAAUUAUCUGAUUCAGUCUUUGCAACUUCAACAGUUUAUACCAUUGAUAAUAUCAACUCACAAAUCAUCUUAAAUACUGCUGAUGCUAUCUAUGAUGGUUAUACUAUUGUUUUUAAACUAUCAGCAUCGGUUGAAUAAACAUGGUAGACCGCCUAAUACAAUUACGAAAUUCUUUUUUAGCAGUAUGCUUGUGAUAAAGUUGCAAUAACAACUUAUACUGUACCUGAUGUAACAUAUUUUUUAAGCUAUGGUGAUGGUUAUAUAAUAGCAGAUAUCAAUUGGCCAUAAACCUAAGAAGCUUCAUGCCCGUAUUCAUCUGAGAUCGUUGUAACAAAUAUCCAAGAUGGCCUAACAUACUAAACUAUAAGAAAAAUUGACAUUUCAAAUCCUACUCAUUUUCAAAUUUAAUCGCUUGGACUAACUUUAAUUGGGAAUUAUCGAGUAAGCAGAAAUCUUUACACUUCUUCAUUUUAUGUAUAAGUCACAGAAGAAUGCAAGGUCAAUUAGAUUUAUGCUGUAGAUGAGACAUAUUAUAUCUUCACUGUUGUACAGAGCUAUUCAGAUUUACCUUUUUACAGCUAUUUAAACUUGAAGGAUAUAAAACUUCCAAACUAAAUUCAAACUAAGAUUUAUCUAUUCAAAAAUCAGAAUCUUGCUCUAUAAUUUUUCUAAAAAUUUGAGUUGUCAAUUAAGAUAGGUGAGGCUACAGAAUUUACAUAAUUUGAAAACUUUGUACUUAAUUUUUAUCCCACUGAAAAACAUUAGCUGAAAUCAUAUGAGAUAUAAUACUCGGUGGCUAGUCUAAUGGAAAAACAAUCAUAUACUGGAACAUUUAAAGUAGAUGUGGGUAUUUAUAUCCGUACAAAUUAAACAGAUAAAUCAAUUGAAAAAAUCAAUGGAGGAUAGGAAGGAACAAUUUUAAAUUCAAAAUUAAAACGAAUUAUCACAGCUAAAAUUAUUUCUAUGAGCUUUAGAAGUGUAGCAACUAUCAGAUUUAAUGAUACAUUAGCUCUAGACCAUUAAAUAAGCAAUAUUGAUUUCCAAAAAUUUUUGAAAAUUGAAAUUAGAGAUGGAUUAAGUGAAUUGGUAGAUUAUCAAUUCUAGAAUGUUACAAAUUUUUAUGGUAUUUCUUAUGAUGGUAUAGAUCUUAAAUUGCAAUUAGAAUUCUCUUAUCCUGAAAGUAUUUCUCAAUAAUCUAUUUUCAAUGAAGAUGCUCUGGCGUAUGAUGAAUAUCCUCUAAUUGAUAGUAAAUUUACCUUUGAUGGGAUUUAAUUUACCCUCAAAUGUUAUUUUGUGCUUUAAACAGCUAUUAUGGGUAUUUUUUAAGGUCCUAUCAGAUUAAAUUACAAAAAUAAGAGUAUACUUGUCAAUGUUGGCUAUAUAUUUAUUGGAUUAAUACUUUUAGUCUUAUUAGGAUUGUUAAUGUUUCUCUUUAAAAAACUAAGUGAUAAAUAUGAAUUAGUUAUUUAACUUUUAGUAUCAGUGCUUGCAUAUCACUUUAAUACGUAAAAAUUCAGUGAUAAAAUUAAUAUUUAGCUUUCAAAUGGAUAUGAAAGUGAUGAUUAUGAAAUGACUAUAUCAGGUUUGGUUCUUAUUGUAAUGUUCAUGAUGCCUUUUGCUACUUAUGCUUUUCUAUUAAUAAAUAAAGAAAGACUAUUUGAAAGAUCUUUUAAAAAGAGAUUUGGGUCAUUUUAUCUAGAUCUUGAUAUCAUCUAAAUUUUAUUCAACCUUAUAAUUGCCCUUGGUACAUUGGCAAUUUAGAUAAACUAUAUGCCUUUGGAUACUAGAUAAGGAAACAACUUCGAAAUUUUCAAUGAGCUUUAGUAUUUCACGAUCUUGUCACUUAUAUUGAUUUUAGUGGGUGACAUUAUUACUGAUAUAGAAAUACGCUAUUCCUUAGGAUGGGCAAUUGUAAUAAUGGUGAUAAACUUCAUAAUCCUUAACUGGGGUUAUCUAUUUGUACUAAUGGGGAUCUCAAUAGUUAAGUACUCAAGAAUUUACUAUAGAAGAUUCCUAAUGAUGAGAGCAUUGAAAAGAAAGGUAAAAAAGUUGUUUAACUAUCAUGUUUAAAAUUAACUUGAAAGCACAUUAGUUCUUGAAAAAUUAUAGAAAAAAUUAGAACAAAUACCAGCAGUUGAUAUACAGGUGAUGGAAUUUUCAUAAUCAAAAAUAUUACAUGAUGCUGAAUAAGUUGAUGAAAUAAACUUUACAUAAGAGGAGGAAAAUGAUAGGAAUGAGUAAGAUAUGAUAACAAAGACUCCUAAAAAAACUAAAUAAAUAAUUAGGAAUGCACAAGGCCAUGUAAAUUAUAAAUUAAAAUCACCAUCGCCAUCUUAAUUAUCAGUGAGCUAAAAAAAUCUAGAUAAUAAUGGAGCAAUUGCAAGAAAUCCCGCAAGCCCACAAAAAAUACCUAGUUUAAAGUAUAAAAAAGCUAAAAGCCAUCGGAUGAGUAACAAAAAGCUAGCAGGUCCAACAAAAAAUUUCAUGAAAUAAGAAUCAUUACCAAUAUCUGAUAGCCAUUUCUCAAUGCAGAAUGGAAUUUUUAUAUCUUAAAAACAUCAGCCAAAGAGCAAAUAGUUUGGCAUUUCUCUCAUUUAAAAUCAUUUGCAAAGAAAUAACUACAUAGAUACUCUAGGCAGUGAUGAAGAACUUACAGGCAGACAUAAUAAGGAGGAGGAUAAAAUGUCUUUUUAGCAUUAAUAGUCUUAAUUUAGUAAGGCUAGUAACAGAAGUAAUAAUAUCUCGCCAGGAAUACUACACAGAUAAACAUAAAUUCAAAUAUCCAGUCUGGUAAAUCUUGCACCAGUUUUUAGAGAAUCAUAAGAUAAAGAUGAAUAGAAAACAGAUGAAAAUAGACUAGAUGAGCUGAAGAAGAGGCUUGCUAGGUACAACAUUGAAAAACAUUCCAAAUAAUGA